UGAAGUCAAAUAAUACAAAAGACUUUAUCGCACAUUGAUCUAAAGACAUGCUUUUAGAUUUUUGGAGAUCUUAUGGUUAUGGAUUGUAGUUAAAGUUUACAGACAAACUAUUUUUAUCUGUGAGUCACAAUGGUAUCGAAAACAUCUCUGUAUAGACAGGAGUAUCGUCCUGCUUCUCUUGUUAAAAAUAUACCGACAUAUUACGAGUCCCUCACAUAUCGUCACCACCGCCGUGAGCUGGAGUAUGCGCACACUCCGAUUUCUUGGGAUGCAGAUUUAGAGGAUAAACCUGAUUCACCACAGGAAGAUGACUUACCCAUAACAGAGCUGAAAAUAGAUGAGGAAAAAGAGGAUAAAAAUAUUGAUGAAAAACAGGAACUAAAAAACAAAGAGACAAAUGAUGAAGAAAAGAAAUGUGAAGAAGAGGUGGACAAAAAGGAGAAGAUUAAUGUGAAUACUUGUGAAGAAGAAGAAAAGGUAAUGGUGAAUAACAGUGAACAGAAAAAGCCUGUGAGUGCAGUAAAGAAAUCAGAUGUUUUGGUUGAAAAGCAAACCUCAGAGACCAGGGAACUGACAAAGCUAGCCAAAGAGAAAUUAAAGAAAUAUAGCAGCACAGAGAAUAAAAACACAUGCAAAGUAAAGCCUUCACAAAGUAAAAGCAAAGUUACAGAAGACAUUCUGAGACCAAAGCAUGUUGAUGAGAAAAUUUUUGAAAAGAGGCCAAAGCGACCUGACAGAUGUGGACAAAUACCUGCCCGUCCUAAAACAGCGUGCUCCUCGGCCCUGCCCCGGGAAUCCGUGCCCCGCCUGUCCCUAGGGUCUCCCAGACCCACCUCUGCUGCCUCGGGGGACAAGCCUCCCUUUGUUCUCUAUGGCAGUGGUGACACUGAACUAGAAACAGGACACAAAAGAACUUACAAUGUCCACUGCUCUACUGAUAUCUACCCCACUGCAGUUAAAGCCAGACAGCAACAUUAUCUUAGAGCCAAAAAAUUAGAGGACCUACGGAAAAAAAUACUUCUUCAGAAAAAGAAACACAAGAACACAUUCGCAAACAAAAUCUCCAAGGAAACCACAGGUUGGUGUAGUGAAUACCAGAACCAGUACCCUACUUACGAUAACGAAGAGUACGCCAGGCGACUACGGGCGCUGGAAUUCGCAAGAGCUCGCAAAGUCAAGUGUGAUCUGUAGAACUUGAAACAAAGAUCUCAAGUGAUGCAUUAGUUGUUGUUGUUUUUUUUUUUUGCAUGAUACAAAAGCAUUGUAUAAGUAUAUGAUUAUGACAAAUAGUUUUAUGUAUACACAUAAGAUGAAUUUUUGAAUUCCUACUUAAAUUUUAGCUCCAGAUAGAUAAGUUAAUAUAGUGAUUUGAUCAUGUUACUUCUAUUUCUCUAAUCUACCUUUUUUUUUUUUUUUUUUAUUCCAUACAAUACAAUAUCUAUCUGAUUUUCUUUUCGGUUGCACAUAUGGAUGGAGAAAAUAAAUUUUGAAAAAUACAGGAUGAAACAAAACAUUUUCUUUCAUUUUCAACACUGAAAUAAUGUACUUUAUUCAUUGCAUAAAAUUGUUUUUGUUUUUUUUUCUCAAAUAAAGAAAUUUAUAUCUACAGUAUCUUGAGAAAUAACAAUGUCAGCAAUUGAAUGGAUUGACAAUGUACAUUUGUUUCUUUUGAAGAGCCAGAGAUACAAAAAAAAAAACAUUUUUAAUAUUGUUGAAUUAUUCAACAGAACACUUUGAUAUUAGCUGAAAAUUGUUUUACCUGCAGGGAUUGGGUCCUAUAUUUUUUAAAUUUUAGUAUUAUAUAUAUAUAAAGUAUUAUAAUGUUGUUAUAUUUUUAAAUAAAGGGACAUGCACUUUUAGUGAAGGACCAAGUUCUUAUAUCUUAUGUUCAUACCCGGUAAGUUCUACUGUUCUAGUGAUAUUGAGUACUUGUGCAAAAUAUGCAAUCUUUAUACACAUGCACAUGUAUAUAGGGUAUCAAAAUGUUUCUCCUUCGCUGUUUCCACAAAAAAUUGCUUAACAUAAUAUAGAAUACUUGGUACAGUUUGUACUUUGUUUUUAUUUACUUAUUAUAGUCCAUGUUGUUGUUUUGGAAACCGACGGAGAUCUAAAAUGUAAGUUUAUUUCAGACUCCUUAUUUUUUUUUUAGAAUUAAAAGUUAGAUACUAUUUUUGAAGUUACAUAACAAGAGUUAUAUUUUGUUAGUCAAUGUUAGUUAUUGAAUUAUUGUUGUGUGAUUUUUUAAGAAAUAAAAACUGCUAG